CUACGCUUAGCGCCAGCGAGGAGCUGCUGCUCCUUGCUGGAAUCACAGUAAGCACUGAUGACUUUAUUACCGAGUGGACGGCUCAGGAUGAUGAUCGCAGCAAUAGCAGCAGCAGUGGCAGCAGCUCUCCAGAGCAUUCAAGUGACAGUCAGGAUUUGCAAGGGGCACAAAUCGGCAGCAGUAGCAGCAGAAGCAGCAGCAGCAGCAGCAGCAGCAGCAGCAGCAGCAGCAGCAGCAGCAGCAGCAGCAGCAGCAGCAGCAGUAGCAGUAGCAGCAGCAGCAGCCACAGCAGCAGCAGCAGCAGCAGCAGCAGCAGUAGCAGUAGCAGCAGCAGCAGCAGUAGCAGUAGCACCAGCAGCAGCAGCCACAGCAGCAGCAGCAGCAGCAGCAGCAGCAGCAGCAGCAGCAGCAGCAGCAGCAGCAGCCGCAACAGCAGCGAGGGGAGGGGUGAAGGGGAGUCGCUGAUGGCGACAUACAGGCCCCUGACCUCUGCUGAUGUGGCUGUGAUUGUCGGUCGUUUGGUUGAAGUGGGCAAGAAGCGCCGGGAACGAGGCCACGGAGCUCGUCUGGGCUUCUCUCCCUUGAGACCCGCUGUUUUCACGGCCGCUGCUGCUGCUGCUGUGGGUGCAGUUGCUGCUGCUGCAAGUGCUGCUGCUGACACUAUCU